AUGAAGCAAGGACGAGAGUCCGGGCCUGACGCUGUGUUUGACCCCCAGAGCCCGGGCCUGGCCUACGCCGGCCUUAGCCGACACAUCGACUUCGACGCGCUGCCGGAGCCGGGCGACCGCUUCGUGCUGGAGACCCUGAUCGGCGAGGGCACUUACGGAGAGGUGCACGCUGCACGCGACCACCAGCAGAACGGCGACUAUGUGGCCGUCAAGAUCCUGGAGGACAUCACGGACAACAUCGAGGAGAUUGAGGAGGAGUUCCUGGUGCUGCGCGACCUCUGCCUGCACCCCAACAUCCCCCAGUUCUACGGCAUGUUCUUCAAGCCCGGCCGCAAGCGGGAGGACGACCAGCUCUGGUUCGUCAUGGAGCUCUGCAGCGGCGGCUCGGUGACGGACCUGAUCCAGACGCUGACCCGGGUGGGCCAGACGCUCACCGAGCUCCAGAUCGCCUACAUCAUCAAGGAGACGAUUGACGCCCUGCUGUACCUGCAUCAGAGCCACUGCAUGCACCGCGACGUCAAAGGUCACAACAUCCUGCUGACGAAAGAGGGCCGCAUCAAGGUGGUCGACUUCGGCGUCUCCUCCCACCUGGCGGCCACCCUGGGACGCCGCAACACCUCGGUCGGCACGCCCUACUGGAUGGCGCCGGAGGUGAUAGCGUGCGAGCAGCAGUACGACUAUAGCUAUGACGUCAGGUGUGACGUCUGGUCACUGGGCAUCACAGCCAUCGAGCUGGCCGACGGCGAACCGCCAUUGGCUGAUAUCCAUCCAAUGAGGGCGCUCUUCCAGAUUCCGAGAAAUCCUCCCCCAACGCUGAAGCGGCCGGCUGACUGGAGUCCGUCUUUCAAUGACUUCGUCAGCCAUUGUCUGGUCAAAGACUUCGAGAAGAGGCCGUUCAUGAGGCCGCUUCUGGAGCACCCCUUUCUGAAGAUGGUGCCAAAUAAUGUGGACUACGUGCGGGUGCAGCUCCGUGACCUGAUCCGUGACGUCAGCAAGAGCGGCGGCCGGCCGACGCGCCAGCCGGACGUCACCACCAAACAGGGCCGCCUCAAGACGGACCGCAAAGCCAAGCCGCAGCGCAUCUUCGUCGACGACCUGGCCUCGCUCGAGCGGCUGACCGAGGACGUGAUCGUGGAGCAGCUGCAGCAGCGCUACCGAGCCGGACAGAUCUACACCUACGUCGGCGACAUCCUCAUCGCCGUCAACCCCUUCACUAACAUCAACAUCUACGGCGAGAAGGAACAGUGGAAAUACCGCAGUCUGUGCAAGUCAGACGGGUCACCGCAUGUGUACGCCGUGGCCGACUCCGCCUACCACGCCAUGCUCCACCACAGGCAGAACCAGUGCGUGGUGAUCUCCGGAGAGAGCGGAGCCGGCAAAACCGAGUCGGCCAACCACCUCCUCCGCCAGCUGGUUAACCUGGGCCAGGCGCCCAACCGCAGUCUCGAGGAAAAGAUCCUUGCCAUGAACCCCAUCAUGGAGGCGUUCGGCAACGCGCGCACCGGCAUCAACGACAACUCGUCGCGCUUCGGCAAGUUCCUGGACGUGACGUUCAACUGGACGGGCCGCGUGGCCGGCGCCCGCGUCUCCGUCUACCUGCUGGAGCAGUCGCGGGUCGUCCGACAAGCCAAGACGGAACAGAACUUCCACAUCUUCUACUACCUCUACGACAGUCUGCAGGCGGAUGGGAGGCUGGAGGAGUUCCACCUUAGUGCCGACAAGCGCUCCCACCACCGCUACCUCAACAACAACAGCGGAAACAACAAGACGGUGGCGAAAAACGUGGAGGCCAUGUCGAUGAUCAAGCGGAGCCUGUCGAUGCUGGGCUUUCGGCGUGAGCAGCUGGAGUGUAUCUUCAGAAUGCUGGCCGCCAUCAUCCAUCUGGGCGACGUCACGUUCAUGUCUUCAAACGACGAAGAAAGCAACACUGAAAAAGUGGUUGUUCAAACAAAAGACAAACUGAAGGAUGCUGCUGACCUGCUCGGCGUGACCACGGAGGAUCUGCGCGAGGUGCUCACCUUGAACUCAGUGGUUACCCGGGGAGAGAGCAUCACGCGCAACAACAGCCACGAGGAGGCCGUCACCACACGGGACGCCAUGGCCAAGGCGCUGUACGGCAGGCUCUUCGACUGGAUCAUCAACCAGAUCAACAAACUGCUGGCCUUCUCCCGCAUUGUCUACGGAGAAUCGCUGGCGGUGGGCUUGCUCGACAUCUUCGGCUUCGAGAGUCUGGACGGCAACUCAUUCGAGCAGCUUUGCAUCAACAUCGCCAACGAACAGCUGCAGUACUACUUCAAUCAGCACAUCUUCUCGUGGGAGCAGCAGGAGUACAUAUCGGAGGGUAUCGGCGUCGAGCUGGUCGACUUCACCGACAACCGGUCCGUGCUGGACAUGUUCCUGACCAAGCCGCUGGGGCUGCUCGCCCUGCUGGACGAGGAGAGCCGGUUCCCCCGCGCCACCGAUAAGACGCUCGUCGAGAAAUUCCACAACAACGUCAAGUCCCGCCACUACGUCCGGCCAAAGGGCGACUCCCUCAGCUUCGAGAUCAAGCACUUCGCAGGGAAGGUGCAGUACAGUUGCGCGGACAUGCUCUCCAAGAACCGCAACUUCCUGCCGCCCGAGGUCAUCCACGUGUUCCGACAGAGCUCGUCAGAGGUGGUGCGGACGCUGUUCCAAUCGCCGCUCACCAAGACCGGCAACCUGUACACGGAGAGCGUGGCGCCGGGCCCACACGGGAUCGCCAGGUCGCCGCCCAGCAGCGGCGCCAGCUCGCCCGGCUCCGACGGACGGGCCGACGGCAUCUGCCAGGACCUGCUCGGAAAGUUCCAUUCCGGCAGCCAGUCGUUCGGGCUGGCGUCGCAGACCAAGGCGCAGCAGACCGUGUCCACCUACUUCCGCUACAGCCUGAUGGACCUGCUGCAGAACAUGGUGAACGGAGCGCCGCACUUUGUGCGCUGCAUCAAACCCAACGACAACAAGAAGCCGAACAGCAUCAGCAAGGACAAGGUUCGUCGUCAGCUACGGUACGCUGGUGUCCUGGAGACGGUCCGGAUUCGCCAGCAAGGCUUUUCGCACCGCAUCCUGUUCGCUGAAUUCCUCAAACGCUACUGCUUCCUGGCGUUCAACUUCGAGGAGCGUGUGACAGCGACGGCCGACUGUUGCCGCCUGCUGCUGCUGCGGCUCAACAUGGACGGCUGGGCCGUCGGCCGGACCAAGGUCUUCCUCAAGUACUACCACGUCGAGUACCUGGCCAAGCUGUACGACAAGCAGAUUGCCAAGGUGGUGAAGGUGCAGGCGAUGGUGCGGCGCUGGCUGGUGCAGGUGCGCAUGCGCGAGAGGUGGCGUAUCUCGCGCAGUGUGGUGACGCUGCAGCGCUGUGUGCGCCGCUGGCUCAGCAGGAAGCGGCGUCAGCAGCACACAGACCGCAAGCCGUCGGUGGCUGUCGGAGAGAUGACCAGACCGGAGAGCAUCGACGCGGCUGACGAGCCGGACAAUGCGUUUGAUCUUAAUGCUCUCACCGAAGACCAGGCCGCCACCACCAUCCAACGCGUGUUCAGAGGGCAUCGGAUCCGGAAGCAGUGGGGUCCGGUGCUGGAGGCCCGGAUCAAGGCUACACUCCGGGAGUGCACCACUCCGGCCGAGGCCCAGCGCAGGCUGACCUUGGUGGGCUUGUCACCAAGCGAAGCGGCUAUAAUCAUUCAGAAAUGCUGGAAAAAAUCGCGUCGGCUUGGCGUCAAAAAGCAAUCAUCGAAAGACGAACUGAGCCAGCACGAGAGAAAAGAUGAACUCAGGAGCUUUGCAGAGCAGGUGCACGGGUCAAACUCGGCGGUACACCUGCGGCUGCGGGAAGCACGAGAGCCGGUGCCGACGCCGUCGCCGCCGCCCGCCGGCUACAGUCGACCUGCCGGGUUUGACUUGGUACCGCGCCUGCUCCGGUCAGCCGAGGGUGAGCGGGUUGAAAAGCGUGCCGCUUCGGUCUCUCCUUUGCUGCCGCCGCUGAAAAUCGUCACGGUCGAAGACGAGCCCGCCAGCAGCUCUGAGAGACCGACCCGAGCCUGUCCGGACUGGGACCAGCCCCUGCGGCGGUAUGAGGCGGACCACAAGCUCCAGUCGCUGCCCGGGGAGCCGCCGGCCGAGGUGGACCUGCGGGAGGCCCGCCUGAGCGUCAUCUCCGGGGGACUCAAGUCGCAGGCCAGGGACACGACGGAGCGGCGCGACUCCCUGGUGGCCGUUUUCCAGGACGCGGUGCGGCGGGCCAGCUCGCCCGACCCUGCCCUCGGCGCCAGUCCCGUGCCGAAGAAGGUGCUCCGGCCGCCCGUGCUACCGGACGCCUGGCAGGCAGAGCAGGAGAAAACACGUCUGGAGGCGAGGCGGGCCGGCUCGCCCCAGCCAGCCGGCGGCGACGUGGGCCCCUACAACUUCCGGCAGCUGCUGCGGCCGGCUGGACAUGCGCCAACCGAAAGCCUCCGGCUGCGGCGUGGCUGGGGCUCGCGGCCCGGCGUCAACCGCUACGGCGCCGAGUACGACAUGUGAUGCCGGCUGGGCGGCCUCGGCGACGAGCCACUGGCGCCGCCGGCCGCGGUGGGUGGUACCCUCCUGGCGGCCCCAGAAGCCUCAUGGUCGUGGGGUCGAGGGUCCAGCGCUGCGGCGGCCGGCUGCGGUGGUGGCGCCCCGGCAGGGUGGGCGGUAGUUCUGGCGGUGUGGCCCAGUGAUCACUCCUUUAGCCACGGCUGUUAUUCGUAGGCGAUGCGUAUGCAAUAAUCGUGUGUAGGUCCAGUCCCCUGCUUUUGUUUCGCAGAGUGGCCUUGAUUGCUUGACAGUGUUUGCGUUGCGUUUGCUGGGAAACUUAUUCGUGCACGUAUCCGUGAUUUCGCACUGGCAAACAACCACGAUUCCCCUGAAAAUGGCGUGUUGUUCAGAAAACGGUGGCUGGCAGGCGAAUAUGCCGUCGUGUCGGUGUGAGUUGAUCCGUUUUUGUAGGUUGAUUUGCACGAUGUUGUUCAUUUUUGUCAUGUUAUCCCGCGCUUUAGCUCUUUUUUAGUGCGUUUCCGUUACCGUUCUGGAUGCUAUACCAAAGCGCAUGAAUAUCGGCAUCGUCUUAAUGCACCCCGUGCCAACUUUCUGCCUUCGCCGCGGAACAGCCGCCGGCGCGCGAUGGCCUGGCCCCUAUGCGAACGAUACUUCCGUGGGACCGGAAAUUAUUGCAUUGUAAACAAUAGACCACACAGGUAUCA